AUGACCCUGGGCAGCUGCUGCUGCGAGAUCAUGUCCUCCGAGAGCUCCCCGGCCGCGCUGUCCGAGGCCGACGCAGACAUCGACGUGGUGGGCAGCGGCGGCGGGGGGGAGCUCCCUUCCCGGCCCGGGCCCCGCGCCCCCCGGGACAUGCUCCCGCACGGCCCCGAGCCGCCCCGGGAGGAAACGGAGGCCGACGCCGCGGAGGACGACGAGGACGAGUCUGGAGGCUGCUCGGACGGCGAGCCCCGCGCUUUGGCAUCCCGGGGGGCGGCGGCGGCCGCUGCGGGAAGCCCGGGAGCAGCUGGGGCGACGACAGCGGCGGCCCGGGGCGCAGCGGCAGCAGCAGCGGGGCCGCCGGGGUCGGGAACGCCGUCGGGGGGCACGGGGACGCGGAGCCCGCUGGUGAAGCCCCCGUACUCGUACAUCGCGCUCAUCACCAUGGCCAUCCUGCAGAGCCCCAAGAAGCGGCUGACGCUGAGCGAGAUCUGCGAGUUCAUCUCCAACCGCUUCCCGUACUACCGGGAGAAAUUCCCCGCCUGGCAGAACAGCAUCCGCCACAACCUCUCGCUCAACGACUGCUUCGUCAAGAUCCCCCGCGAGCCGGGCAACCCGGGCAAGGGCAACUACUGGACGCUGGACCCCGAGUCGGCCGACAUGUUCGACAACGGCAGCUUCUUGCGGCGCCGCAAGCGCUUCAAGCGGCAGCCGCUGCCACCCCCGCACCCGCACCCGCACCCCGAGCUGUUGCUGCGUGGCGGCGGGGCCGCGGCGGCUGGGGACCCCGGCGCCUUCCUGCCCGGCUUCGCCGCCUACGGGGCCGCCUACGGGGCCGCCUACGGCUACGGCUUGGCGCUCCCGGCCUACGGCGCCGCCCCGCCGGGCCCCACCCCGCACCCGCACCCGCACCCGCACGCCUUCGCCUUCGCCGCGGCCGCCGCGCCCUGCCAGCUGUCCGUGCCCACCGGCCGCGCCGCCGUGCCGCCGCCCGGACCUCCGACGGCCUCGGUGUUCGCGGGCGCAGCCUCGGCGCCGGCGCCGGCCCCGGGCACGGGGUCGGGUCCAGGCCCCGCAGGCCUGCCCGCCUUUCUGGGCGCCGAGCUGGGCUGCGCCAAAGCCUUCUACCCCGCGUCGCUGAGCCCUCCCGCAGCGGGCACCGCGCUGCUGCGCCAGGGCCUCAAGACGGACGCGGGCGGCGGCGGCGCAGGGGGAGCCGGGCCGGGUCAGCGGCCUUCCUUCUCCAUAGACCACAUCAUGGGCCACGGCGGCGGCGGGGCCGCACCCCCCGGCGGGGGCGAGCGCUCCCCCGGGUCGCCCUUCGCCGCGGCGGGACCUGGGGGUCAAGCCCAAGUCUUGGCUAUGUUGACUGCUCCGGCCCUGGCGCCCGUGGCCGGCCACAUCCGUCUCUCGCACCCCGGGGACGCGCUGCUCUCCUCCCCGGGGCCCCCUUUCGCUGGAAAAGUCGCCAGUCUCGGUGGAUGCCACUUCUGA